AUGAGGUCCGGCGAGGGGCUGAAGGAGAAGAUCCGCUCCGACUGUCCGUUUCGCCGAGUGACCUUCUCGGUGGUGAGCCAGCCCCAGGACCCUCACCAGCAGGGAUCGCUGCAGAGCUGCUACGACAGCGGCCUGGACGAGUCGGAGACGCCCAGCAGCAAGAGUUCGUCGGGCCCCCGGCUGGGCGCCCUUCCCCUGCCCGAAGACAGCUACGAGAGGACAACGCCGGAUGGCAGUGUCGGUGAGGCAGAGCACAUGGAAAAUGACUCUCGGCCCUUGCCUGACGUAGCCAUGACCGGCAAGUGCACCCGGGAAUGCGACGAGUACGGCCACUCGGACUCCUGCUGGAUGCCUGUGCGCACGUCGCCCGAGCGACGGCCAUCAAAGUCAACCACCACCCCUCAACAACCAAAGCUUUCCACUUUCAUGAGCGGCAACGGCAGCAGCAGCAGCAGCAGCGGCAGCAGCAGCAGCAGCGGCGGCAGCGGCCCCGCCGAGCCCGGCAGCCAAGAGACCCUCGCCAUGGCCGCCAUGGCCAACGGAGACCCCUCCGCCGCCGCGCACAUGAUCGGCGACCGCAAUCGCAACCUGCUCAACAAGAAGAUGGCUUCCUCCUCCUCCUCCUACGAGGCCUUCGGCUCGCCUUCCUACGGCUCUCCGGGAAGUGGGGAGGAGACGCUGCGCCACCCCACCGAGGAGAUCCCGCUGGCACCUACUGGGGAGUACAAGCCGACAUCCUGCGGUACUCUGACUCGACGGGAGGUGUACCUGUGAGCGCGAGACACAGCCGCUGUGCCACGACACGUGGCAUUCAAACGCAACACUAGGCAUAGUUGGUACAGCUCUAGCGGCUUUUAGCCACCCUUGUUCUGCAAGGAAGGACUAAACUUUCUCCAAAGACUUUUACGACGGCUCCUUAAUAAAAAUCUAAGUGGCUACACAAACACCAUUUUUGAAGUGCUAUUUCCGGCCAUGACCUGGAAGACAGGAGGAGGAGGAGGAGGAACUUUUGAGGGGCAGUGUGACGGGACAUGGAAGGAGGCUGUUCUACUGGCGAGUCGGGCUCAUCGGACACAAUCUGCUGCUUGACAGUCAAUCUGUACAAUAAUCAACUCAUUUUACAUAUACAAUACAU